UCGACUUUCCGCGUUUCUCCAUCCCUCCUCUCUUGUGCAACGUCACCUCUUCAACAAUGCACAACUGUCACUACGCUAUCAGCAUCGGCGCCGAAUUGAGAUGAAGUUGUCGACGUACUGACUGUUGCAGAAACGAAGCCGCAAUGGCACGUCCGAGUCGCGUCCAGACCGCAACGCUCACGUUCGCGAAUCUCCUGCUCCCCGUAGCCGUCCUCGUCUUCGCCAGCGGAUUCUUCCCCUAUAAACCUGUCCUGCCUGGCCUUGCCAAAUUUGAAGAUGCGCGGAAUGAUGGAAGAGUAGAGGGCAGCGUGGGUCAUGAUGGGCGGCCAAACGCGCCAUUUGACAAAGUCAUCUUCAUGGUCGUAGACGCGCUGCGAAGCGACUUCGUCUACGGCCAUGACAGCGCCAUGACUUUCACGCAGAGCUUGAUCCGCUCUGGCGCCGCGGUUCCCUUCACCGCCCACGCAACUCCGCCUACAGUUACGAUGCCUCGCGUCAAAGCCCUUACCACAGGUUCCGUCCCCUCCUUCCUCGAUCUGAUCCUCAACUUCGCCGAAUCCGACACCACAUCCUCCCUCGCGACUCAAGAUACCUGGCUGGCGCAGAUCAAAUCCCGCGGCGGCAACAUAGUCUUCUACGGCGACGACACCUGGCUGAAAUUAUUCCCUGAUAACUCCACGAAUCCGGAAGAACCGCCGUUCUUCCUGCGAAGUGAUGGAACCAGUAGCUUUUUCGUUUCGGAUUUCACAGAAGUUGAUCUCAAUGUGACGAGACAUGUUCCGCAAGAACUUGGUCGCGCUGCUGAUUGGGAUGCCAUGAUUAUGCAUUAUUUGGGGUUGGACCACAUUGGGCAUAAGACGGGGCCAUUGGGUCGGAAUAUGCUGCCGAAGCAAGAGGAGAUGGAUGGGAUUGUGAAGAUCAUUUUCGAGGCCAUGGAAGAGGAGGAUGGCGAUCUAGCGAAUGCGGUACUGGUCCUGGCCGGCGAUCACGGAAUGAAUGCUGGCGGGAACCAUGGAGGAAGUGGACCUGGAGAAACCGAGCCUGCGUUGGUGUUCGUGAGUCCAAAGUUAAGAGAGCGAAGGGAGAAGAGGAGGUAUGAGUGUCCGACAUUGCCAAAGGAGGGAACCGAGUUUCACUAUUACACGAAAGUCGAGCAGAGCGAUUUUGUGCCUACGUUGGCGGGAUUGCUGGGACUGCCGAUCUCGAGGAAUAGUCUGGGAGUGAGCAUUCCGGAAAUGGAGGGGAUGUUCACAGAGAUGGAGAAGUUUGAGCAUUUGAAGCGCAAUGCGGAGCAGAUCUUGCAAAUCGUUGUGGCGACGUAUGGGGAGAAGAGCUGGGACGAGACGGUGGUGAUUAUGGAGACAUUGCUGAUGUCGAGCAAGACGCCUGAGGACCUUGCCAAGACUGGGGAGAUGUGUGAAGAAGCACAUGGGGAGAAGAAGCUGGCUUGUCUUUGGGCAACGUGCAAGGCACACCUGCGAGGCGUCAUGGCUCAGUCUUCCGACCAAGAUUUGCAACAAGCACAAGAGCAACUUCGCAAGUUCCUGCUGGCUGCGCAGGACGAGUUGAGCGGCACGGCUUCUUCGUACAACAUCCCUCGCAUGGUCACCGGCAUGGCGCUCACGGCUUUCAUCAUCGGCCUUGCGGUAUCAUCUUUCCCCGAACUCUGGCCAGCAUCAUCAGCGGGAGUCUACUUCGCGCUGAUUAGCUUGCUCUACGGCGUCAUGAUGUUCGCGUCCUCAUAUGUCGAGGAAGAACAGCACUUCUGGUAUUGGCUUACUCCGGCUUGGCUCACCGUCCUCACAAUCACUCGGCUUCCGAACUUCACGACAUUACCGAGCCGACUGCGUCUCUCGGCUGCCGUCUUUUCUCUCCUUGCCGUGCAUCGGCUGAGCGUGAGAUGGAACCAGACGGGACAAAAAUUUGCUGGCGCGGACGACAUUGUUCACACGUUGUUUCCGGAGCACCACGUGGCAAUGUGGCUACUCAUUUUGGCCACCUAUGCUUACCAAGGAUUUCUGCUUGUCACAAGAAGCUUUGCGGGAUUGAUGGGAGCGGAAGUCGCAGUUCCGCUGGCUGUUGUAUGCGUUUUGCCGGGCAUCGUAUUUAAGUUGAACUUCACCCAAGCGGAUGCCCCGGAACUGGUGAGAGGUUUAGCGAGUGGGAUUCGAGCGCUUACGCAAAACGUGGACUUGGUGGUCCAAGCGAGAGUUGCCUUUGGUGUUCUCGCAGCGGGAUUGCUGGUGGUGAUCGUAUUGGCGCUUAUGUCGUGGAGGGAGAGUGUAAGGCAGCAGGACCAGGUGGGAAGGUUACCGAGCUUGGCGGAGAGGUGCCAUGGUCUGCUGAGUCUCUUCUUGAUGAUGCAGACCAGGGCACCAAAUGUGACCUUAAUUCUGGGUUGGGAGCUACAGAGAGAAGCUUUGGCGUACCUCUUGAACAGGCAGGACGAGGCGAAGAAGACGGGCGGGAGAAAGGCUUCAUCGAACAUCACCGCCAUUGCGACCUCUGUCCUCCUUUGCAGCCAUGUCGCAUAUUUCUGCGCGGGAGGAAGCAACUCGAUCUCAUCGAUUGAUUUGAGCAAUGCCUACAACGGCGUAGCGGAUUACAAUAUCGUUGCCGUGGGCAUCUUGCUCUUCGCAUCAAACUGGACUGGAGCUAUCUGGUGGUGCAGCGCAGCAAACCUGCUACUCUCGAGCCAUGAACUGAACGCGAAGCCCUCACUGUUCGCUGCUUCGAGAAGCACGGAAGAGAAGAAGAAACAAGGAAGCUGGAUCGAUGCCGAACGCAAGCGUCUUCAUGAGGAGAGCUUAAAGACUGUCAUGGGUGCAGAGAAGUCUGCUUCUUCGAGAUUGGCGAACGCUGGCGAGGUGGACCGCGCAUGGGACUGGCAAGUCUACUUGUCUCACAUGACAACUUUCAUUGCCAUCUCUCUACUCGCUGUCAUGGCGAGUUGCACGGCGCUGAGGACGCACUUGUUCAUUUGGACAGUGUUUAGUCCGAAGUACUUGUAUGCGAUGGCGUGGAGUAUUGGGUGGCACUUACUCAUCAAUGUCGGCUUUGGCAGCCUAUCGAGGAGUUUGAAGAACGUGGCGUAGAGGUCACAUAGAUUUAAUAGCCUUGCAAAAGGAC